AUGGCUGGUGACAGGUCUACGCAUCAUGCCUCUCCCAAGAAAGAGUCGUCCACGCCCUUGAACGCAAAGAAGAUUCACAAACGGAAGAGAGAAUCGGAUGGAUCCCCCGUCGCUGCAUCAACACCAACACCGACCAAGAAAGCAAAGAAGAGCCAAGCGCUCUCACCAGCCCCAGACCGUCCGAAAGAGAAGCUAAGCAAAGAAAAGCGAAAGAAGGCUUCUACGGAGGAUAGUGUUGAAGAAAAGAAGGCCAGGAAAGAGAGUGCUGUCUCGGUGAUCAGCAGCGAUGCAAUCGCUCAGAGUAGCGAUGGCAAGAAGUCAAAAUCCAAAAAGACAUCAAAGAGAAGGACUUCUGAGUCUGUUGAUAAACCUGCGCAUCUGAGCGAAUCGGAGGAUGAUUCAGAAUCGGAGUCAGCAAGGGACGAAUUCGAAGACAAGAAGCUGCGCAGGAAGGCGAAACACGAGGACAUUUCUAAAGGGAAUGAUGAAACAAAAGCGGAGAAGAACAAAUUCUCCGGUAUAUUGUCGAAAUUCGAGCGAUCUGCGAAAUUAAAAGAAGCAGCCAAAGCGAAGAAGGACACCCAGGAUGAGCCUGCACCCGGAGGGCCGAUCACCGCUGAACCUGUUGUGGCCCAAGGCCUAGAGCCUCUUCCGCAACCUGAACAAAUCUUGGAGGAAGCUGAGAAGCCAAGCUAUUCUUCUCUCCCCGAAUGGCUGGCAAACCCUCUUAGGGAAUCGUCGGACAAGCGCGCCCAGUUCUCGGAACUCGGAAUUGACUCGAAUCUUCUUCGUGUACUCGACCAGAACGGGUACAAGGAAGCAUUUGCUGUGCAAUCGACUGUCAUCCCCCUACUAUUACAAGGCUCCAAGAGACAUGCUGGUGAUCUUUGUAUAUCUGCAGCCACCGGUUCAGGAAAGACCUUGUCGUACGUACUUCCCCUUGUGACCGCACUGGAACCGACACCGGCCCCCAGAAUGCGCGGUCUCAUUGUCGUACCCACACGAGAACUAGUGAAGCAAGCCAGGGAAGCCUGUGAACUUUGCGCGGCUGGUUCUGGCCUGCGGGUGGGGUCUGCAGUCGGAAAUGUGGCGAUCAAGGACGAACAGCGCACCCUGAUGCGGAUCGAUCAAUGUUACGGACCUGAGAUAUCGAAGCAACGACAGACUGUCGACCUCACAGGAGAGGAUUGGACAAAGUUCAACCUUCUAGACUACAUCGCCGAGGCAGGGGACCUGAGCGAGUCCCUGCCCGGCUAUAUUCAAAAAGCGGAACCGAAUGUCGAUAUCUUGAUCUGCACUCCUGGCCGACUUGUUGAUCAUCUCCGCUACACCAAAGGCUUCACCUUGGAGCAUUUAGAAUGGCUGGUCAUCGAUGAGGCCGAUCGACUGCUAAAUGAGAGUUUCCAGGAGUGGGUUGAUGUUGUUAUGAACUCUUUGGAUGCACGCAAGAGCCCGAAAGCUUUUGGCUCUAGUGGUCAAUUUAUGGCAGAGCUCGGACUCCCGAUCCAAGUCAAGGAACCGAGAAAGGUUAUUCUUAGUGCUACGAUGACCCGAGAUGUUUCCAAGUUGAAUUCUCUUCGACUUGCGAAUCCCAAACUGGUCAUUGUCAGCUCGGCAGAUCCCACCUCAACCGAAGACGGAGGGCAUGUUAAAUCCGAUGAACAAUUCACCAUACCUCGUACAUUGAAGGAGUACUCUGUUUCAGUGGGCGACGGAUCACAGAAGCCGUUGUAUCUCCUAAGCCUCUUACGUUCCCACAUCAAUGUCCUUGCCGAAGAGCAGCGCUCCAACGACGAUUCUAUGGAGACUUCGGACUCUGAGGAUUCAAGCUCUGAUGAUAGCAGCUCCGACGAAUCCGACUCUGAUGAUGACACUAGUUCCGAUGGUUCCAGCUCCGAAGAUUCGAGCUCUGAUGAAUCGGACUCCGAAUCGUCGGAAGAGGAUAGCUCGUCGAGUGACGAGUCGGCAGAGUCCGAGAGCGAGGAAGAUACAAAGAUCAUCACCCGCGCACCCAUACGAAAUACGGUCUUGAUAUUCACCAAGUCCUCCGAAUCAGCAUCGCGACUCUCCCGUCUGAUAUCUCUUCUGGACCCAUCGCUAGCGAACCAAGUGGGAACAAUCAUCAAGUCAAACAAAUCCUCGGCAUCUCGGAAAACACUGACUGCGUACCGCCGGGGCAAGAUCUCAAUCAUUGUAGCUACGGAUCGUGCUUCUCGUGGUCUUGACCUGCAGUCCCUAACUCACGUUGUCAACUAUGACGUUCCGCCCAGUGUCACGACCUAUGUGCACCGAGUUGGCCGUACGGCAAGAGCAGGCAAAAAGGGAUCAGCGUGGACGCUUGUUGCCCACCGCGAAGGCCGAUGGUUUGAGAAUGAGAUAUCAAAGGCCUCAGAUGGCAAGAUAACCCGCUCUAUGAAGGUUGAGAGAGUGAAUGUGGGAUUGAGUGACAUGGCAGAUAUUAAGCCGAAAUACAGAGCUGCUCUGGAUUCUCUUGAGAAGGAGGUACAGAUGGGUGGAACGACAAAGUCCACGGGAUCAAAAGCUUGA